AUUAUUCGCUUAUAUUUGUAUUAUAUUACACGUUGAUAAAGAUAAUACGAUAAAAUUAUCAUUUUACAAUAAUUUUGUGCGAGUUGUCGUUUAAAUAUGAAGCUAUGAGACUUUCUUGUAUUUUACUACGUAUUGUGAACACUAAAAUGGCGCUCCAGAAAUCGGAACAGGAUAUUAUAAUUAAUGCACCAUGGGGCAAAAUAAUGGGACUAGCAUGGGGUGACCCAAAAAAUCCUCCCGUUCUUUUAUGCCCAGGAAGAAUAACACCGUGCUCCAGUUACAGGCCUCUCGUCAGCAAACUUCCAAAAUGUUUCUACUAUGUGGCCAUAGAUAUACCAGGAAACGGGCUGUCCGAUCAUUUACCGCCUGGUGUAAAGUAUACGGUGUUUGAUCUGAUUCCCGCCAUACAUAAUGUUGUAGAGCAUUUUAAAUGGGAUCGUUUUAUUUAUAUUGGACACUCUUUAGGUACAGUUAUUGGUACGUAUUUCUGCUUUGCAUACCCAGGGCGGGUAUCUCGAUUUGUCCAACUAGACCCCAUACCAUUAUACGAGACGCGGUCACCGUCGCAAUUCCAAUCGUGGUACAAGGCCUACUACAGAGAGUAUUAUGACGCGGCCAGAUACAAGAUAUUCACGAACGGGAAGGAAAAUGCACCGAAAUAUACCAUUGAAGAAGCAAAAGGAAAAAUUAAGUCGGGCCACAAAAUAAGCGAUGAAUCUGUGGAACAUUUACUGGAUCGAUAUGUAGAGCCGGCGGGCGAUGGUUUAUAUAGGUUUACAUACGACCAGAGGCAAAAGAUGACAACACUUAUACCAUUUUCCCCUGAAAACGUCAGACUCCUUACCACAUCUCUAGAUAUACCAAUUCUAGCAAUACUAUCUAAAGAGUCCAUCGAAAUAGGAUCUUAUAGCAGGGUCCCUUUCGUUCUCGACGAAAGUGCCUGGAAGAAUUAUAGAUAUAAAACUGUAGAAGGAGGCCAUGAAAUAUUUAUUGACAAUCCUGGUUGCAUGGCAGAGGAUAUAGGAAGAUUUUUACAGGAAGAAACAAAGUCGAAGUUAUAGAAAUAACUUUUGCUAGACAACCGAUGAAAACAGCCCGCGUUUAUUACUUUAGUGUGAAUGAUAAGCUACGUCUUACACUCGCUAUUUGUAUUUGUAGUGUGCGUGCAUUGCUCAAAAUAGAGGUUAACUGACAACCUCUGUUUUUUUCGACGUUUUCACAGCUGUCGCAGUCAAUCUAGACGUAUAAAUGGUCUAAGAGAAAUACAACUUCUAUAAAAAGA